AUGACACAGCUAGCAGAGGCUUCCGGAGAGGAGGGUCUCUACCAGCUGGGUGGUCCACGAUGUGCCCCUCAGAGCAGCAUCGAAGGACUCGAGGACAAUGAGAGGAAAUGUAAGACGCAUGUGCUGCUGCUGGUGGUGCACGGGGGAAACAUCUUGGACACAGCAGGCGGAGACCCCAGCGCAAAGGCUGGCGAUGUGGCCACCCUUGCCUCAGUGUUGGAGAAGGUGACGCGGGUGCAUUUCAAGGCUGUCGCAGAACACGUGAGGAUCAAGCUGGUGCCAUGUCCAGCUGUGUGCGCUGAAGCCUUCUCUCUGGUGUCCAAUCUGAACCCAUACAGCUAUGAUGAGAGCUGCGUGUCCAGUAGCGUGGACCACCUGCCCCUGGCUGCUCUCCCUCUCCUCGCAAUUGUGUCGCCACGCUACCAGGACGCCGUGGCGACCGUGAUCGCCCGAGCCAACCAGGUCUACCACAGCUUCCUGCAGUCUGAGGACGGGCAGGGAUUCACGGGUCAGGUAUGCCUGAUGGGCGACUGUGUGGGAGGUGUACUGUGCUUUGACGCUUUGUGCUUCAGCAACCACCAGAGGCCUGGCAGCCCCACCAACAGCAGCAGGAACAACAGCACUGAGAGCCUGAAGGAUAACUCGGGCCUGCUCGGAGAGUCCAGCCCGGGUCUGAGUUCUAGCAAGAGGCUGAGUAAAAGCAACAUUGAUAUCUCCGCCCCCAACGAAGGACACGGCCAGGGCGGGCCCCCGCUCAGCCGUAAGCAAAGUGACUCGUACGAUGGAGACACCUCGUCCACAGGCCAACACAGCUUUUUCUCCAGGUGGGGCAGCACACAUGAACAUACCGACACACAGGGAUGA